GGAGACGCCCGCCCGCCUGCCCGGGCCUCGCCUCUGACCGCUCCCUCCGCCUCCUCCCCGCCCCGAGCCCCAGUCUGCCCGUCCUUCCUUCCCCUCCUGUGCAUGAUGGAAACACCAUGGCUGCGGCGGCCCAGUUCUCCUUGACACAGUUAUCAAGUGGGAAUCCUGUGUAUGAAAAGUACUACAGACAGGUCGAUACAGGCAAUACUGGAAGGGUAUUGGCUUCUGAUGCUGCUGUUUUCCUGAAAAGAUCAGGGCUUCCAGAUUUGAUACUUGGAAAGAUUUGGGAUUUAGCUGACACAAAUGGCAAAGGAAUUCUGAACAAACAAGAAUUCUUUGUUGCUUUGCGUCUUGUGGCGUGUGCCCAGAAUGGAUUGGAGGUUUCACUGAGUAGCUUGAACCUGGCUACUCCUCCACCAAGAUUUCAUGAUACCGGUAGUCCUUUGCUAGUCAGUGGAACCUCUGUAGCCGAGCUCCCAUGGGCUGUAAAAUCUGAAGAUAAGGCCAAAUAUGAUGCAAUUUUUGAUAGUUUAAGCCCAGUGAAUGGAUUUCUUUCUGGUGAUAAGGUGAAACCAGUGUUGCUCAACUCUAAGUUACCUGUGGAUAUCCUUGGAAGAGUUUGGGAGUUGAGUGACAUUGACCAUGAUGGAAUGCUUGACAGAGAUGAGUUUGCAGUUGCCAUGUUUUUGGUAUACUGCGCAUUGGAGAAAGAACCUGUGCCAAUGUCCUUGCCUCCUGCCUUGGUGCCACCUUCUAAGAGAAAAACGUGGGUUGUAGCCCCUGCAGAAAAGGCUAAAUAUGAUGAGAUCUUCUUGAAAACUGAUAAAGAUAUGGAUGGAUUUGUGUCUGGAUUGGAAGUCCGUGAAAUUUUCCUGAAGACAGGUUUACCUUCUACUUUACUAGCCCAUAUUUGGACAUUAUGUGACACAAAGGACUGUGGGAAGCUUUCAAAGGAUCAGUUUGCCUUGGCUUUUCACUUAAUCAAUCAAAAGUUAAUAAAGGGCAUUGAUCCUCCUCACAUUCUUACUCCUGAGAUGGUUCCACCAUCAGACAGGGCCAGUUUACAGAAGAACAUCAUAGGAUCAAGUCCUGUUGCAGAUUUCUCUGCUAUUAAGGAGCUAGAUACCCUUAACAAUGAAAUAGUUGACCUACAGAGGGAAAAGAAUAAUGUGGAGCAGGACCUUAAGGAGAAAGAAGAUACUAUUAAACAGAGGACAAGCGAGGUUCAGGAUCUUCAAGAUGAAGUUCAAAGGGAGAAUACUAAUCUGCAAAAAUUACAGGCCCAGAAACAGCAAGUACAGGAACUCCUUGAUGGACUGGAUGAGCAGAAAUCCCAGCUGGAGGAGCAACUGAAGGAAGUUAGAAAGAAAUGCGCUGAGGAGGCCCAGCUGAUCUCAUCCCUGAAAGCUGAAUUGACUAGUCAAGAAUCACAGAUCUCCACUUACGAGGAAGAGCUGGCCAAAGCUAGGGAGGAGCUGAGUCGCUUACAGCAAGAAACGGCAGAAUUGGAGGAGAGUGUGGAGUCAGGGAAGGCUCAGCUCGGACCUCUUCAGCAGCACCUCCAAGAUUCACAACAGGAAAUCAGUUCAAUGCAGAUGAAACUGAUGGAGAUGAAAGAGCUGGAAAACCAUAAUAAUCAGUUAAAUUGGUGCAGUAGCCCACACAGCAUUCUUGUAAAUGGUGCUACAGAUUAUUGCAGCCUCAGCACCAGCAGCAGUGAAACAGCUAACCUUAAUGAGCAUGCUGAAGGCCAAGGCAACCUGGAGUCUGAGCCCAUACACCAGGAAUCUCCAGCAAGAAGUAGUCCUGAAAUACUGCCUUCUGGUGUGACUGAUGACAACGAAGCGGUGACUACAGCUGUUAGUGAGAAAGUUUGUUCUGAAUUUAAUAGUGACAGACAGUCAAAAGAGGGAGAUCCAUUUAAUGUAGAAUCAAGUUCACUGCCUGAUCCAGUUGCAGAUACAAACUUGGAUUUUUUCCAGUCUGAUCCUUUUAUUGGCAGUGAUCCUUUUAAGGAUGAUCCUUUUGGGAAAAUUGAUCCAUUUGGAGGUGAUCCUUUCAAAGGUUCAGAUCCAUUUGCAUCUGACUGUUUCUUCAAGCAGUCCUCUACUGAUCCUUUUGCCACUUCAAGUACCGACCCUUUCAGCGCAGCCAACAAUGGCAGUAAUACUUCGGUAGAAACAUUGAAGCACAAUGAUCCUUUUGCUCCUGGUGGAACAGUUGUUGUUGCAGCAAGUGAUUCAGCCACAGAUCCCUUUGCUUCUGUUUUUGGAAAUGAAUCAUUUGAAGAUGGAUUUGCUGACUUCAGCACAUUAUCAAAGGUCAACAAUGAAGAUCCUUUUGGUUCAGCCACAUCAAGCUCUGUCAAUAAUGUGGUCAUUAAAAAAAAUGUGCUUGAGGAAACAUCAGUCAAAAGUGAAGAUGUACCCCCAGCACUGCCACCAAAGACUGGAACUCCAACAAGACCCUGCCCACCACCACCUGGGAAAAGACCCAUCAACAAAUUGGAUUCUUCUGAUCCUUUUAAACUGAAUGAUCCAUUUCAGCCUUUCCCAGACAAUGAUAGCCCUAAAGAAAAAGAUCCUGAUAUGUUUUGUGAUUCAUUCACUUCUACUACUACCACUGCUACCACUACCAAUAAAGAGGCUGACCCAAGCAAUUUUGCUAACUUCAGUGCUUAUCCCUCUGAAGAAGAUAUGAUCGAAUGGGCCAAGAGGGAAAGUGAGAGAGAGGAAGAGCAGAGGCUUGCCCGAUUGAAUCAGCAAGAGCAGGAAGACUUAGAACUGGCUAUUGCACUCAGCAAAUCUGAGAUAUCAGAAGCAUGAAGAAUUCUCCUGUCCUUUGUCAACCAUACAGUAUUCUUCUUCCUGAAUACUGAAGCUCUUUACAGUGUGUAUGAAAACUACCUAUGAGCAUGGGAAUACAAAAGGUUUGCAAUUCCUGUAAAUGUGACAAAAGUUUGUUUUGGUUUUUUGUUUUUGUUUCUUACUCCAUUUCAGAUUUGUCUUUUUUUUUUUCUUUCCACCUAUAAAAGCAGUAACCCAGUCAGACAACUUCACCUACACCCCUAUUCUGGUGUGCAUUUACUGUGAGCUUUUGCCUGCCUGUGCUUUUACUUGUAAAGCUAGAGUACCCAAGCUUCUGCCUUCUGGAAUAUACAGAAAUAGUUUCAUCCCUGUGCUACCCUUGUUCUGUAGUUACUCUGAUGAUAGCCAGUGGGGUUCUUAAAGUUUGCAGUACUCUUCUCUGAUUUGAAUGGUUGAGGGAGGGGAAGGGAAAGAACAUCCUAUUUCUUUUAUGAUAGUGAAAAUUGGCUAGUUUAAAGUAUAUGUUUGUAUUUCCUUAUAAUUAAUACCGUUCAAUUUGUUUUUUAUAGACAAGGAAAAAUAUUUUGCGUAAAUUGACUCCACUAUUGAAAAAGGAAUGCUUUAGAUUGAACCAUUACAGCUUCAGAUUCAAUCUUGUCCUAAAUAAAAAUGUUAAAGCCUCAUGUGUGAAAUAUACUUUUAAAAAAAUUUCUCUGGAUUUAAAGAAUUUUAGAUGAACAGAUUACCUCUCCAUAAUUUUAAGUACUAGAUAGUGGAGAAAACCGUAUCACUUAAAGUAUCCUCAUCAGUAUAAGGUAAGCAAAAAUUUUAACAUGGCAGCCAUUCUGCCAUUGGUAUGGCACUGUCCUCCUUAGUUCAUGGUAGGUUUAUUUUUGUACUUUGCAGAAGAAACUUUAGCAAGCUAGAACUGGAAGGUACUUUAAAUUUUUGUAUACAUAUAUUUUUGUUUCCUUUAAUGAAGGCUCACUUACUUGAACUGUAAAAACUUCCACUGAAUACAAAUGAGAAGUGACAUGUAUUAAAUCAUAUUAUUGUUUUUUGUCCAUCUUUGUGGUUUAAAAUAGUUAAUUCUCUUCCUGGGUUUGUUUGUUUGUUUGUUUGUUUGUUUGUUUAUUAACCUAUAAAAUUGGCAGGCUAGCAAAAAAAAUCUCUUUUUUUUAAUUGGGAGAGAAGAGACCUACCAAAUUGUCAAAGCUCUUCAUGUGUUAAAAGCCUGUCUCCUGUAAAACUGACCUAGCAGACAAGCUGAAUUUGAAAUAGACUGUGGUGUAGGCUGUAAAUUGUAGAAUAACCUUAGUUUUCUUUUAACAUCAGUAAUUGACUUAGAUAAUGUAUUGAAUACCAAGAUGAAAAAUGCACCUACAAACUAAAAAUCUCUGUGGUCACCAAGUCAAGGUGGUAUUGAUCUGUGUUAAUCAGAGUAACUUAUUGCCUAGCCUAUGAAUAAAUUCCAAAAUAUCCAAUUCA